AUGCUUAGUUCUUUUGUUGGAAAAGUACAAAAAAGUUUAUCAGUGUUGGUACCAAGAAAGCAUGCAUUGAGCUACUUUAAUGAAGAUUAUUCCACAACUGAGGUUGUAGCCGAUGAUGUUAUGAAAGGUUACUUUGCUGUUCUUGCAAGGAAGGGUGAGGAAACUAGAAGGUUUAUUAUUGGGUUAGAUUACUUAACUGAUCCUGCUUUUGUGGGAUUACUUGAUGAAGCUUGGAAGGAAUAUGGUUUUGGACAAAAAGGAACUCUUGUUGUUCCAUGUCGGCCGAUAGAAUUACAAAACAUUUUAGAUGGUCGGAAAACUUAA